GCUUUUCGACUUCUGCCCCUGCCAAUUUGGUGAAAGAACCGCCAAUGCUUACAACCGCGACUUGAAGCAGUCCAGUUACAAAGGUACAGCUGACUGCCCUGCCACUGUUUUUAUCUCGAGACAGUCACGACUAGGUACUGACUUGCCAACAUGCCACAUGCUGGCAAGACAUCACUAAUGAGCCAGCUCGAGAUGCCCUGGAUUCCGACUGGUCCAAUCAUCCGGCUGGCACAAAUGAGGAGAAAAGCAAAGCGAGACAGCCACUGGGAUGGAUUAGACUCCCAUGCUAAAUCAUAGGCGCAAGAAGAAGAAGCCGCGCUCAAUCGACACCACCACCGCCAUGACCAUUGGCAUCAUCAGUUCAUCACUGCUACAGCAUGGCAACCACCACGGGCACCACCACUAUUUGCGCCGCCACCGCCACAAAGCCAAUAUUAUACUCGCAAUACGCAAACAACGGUGUCAUAAGCAUCCAAGUUGGUGUCCCGAGGCGUGUGGAUGUGCGGCAUGGAGCCAAGCCUCAGGUCGCCGAGCAGAAAGGCCCUCCACCCUCACCACCUGGUUCCCCUGUGCUUUCAAGCGCUAGGUACCAGGGCUUGAAAGGCUCCAAGGGCUUCAUCACCGGAUGCCGGCCGAGUGGAGAGCUCCCCACAUGCCAUCUCCAUUCCAUUUUCCCUCAUCUUGACACUACCGGUGGACUUUGGGCUCCAUUUAUUGGAUCAGCAUUCCCUGCUGAUUCGCUAGGCUCUGUUGUGACGAAACUUUUCCCAAUGGGCCCGGUCCUGGGAGAGCCUGGGAGCCUGGAUCCUGAGCCAGAUCCUAGCCGGGGUCCUAGAAAUCGAACUUGCGAGUCGAGUCAACAACAACGUCGUCCUCGUCCCCCAUCAUCUUCCGCUGGAGCGGGUGCCGACGGGCUUGGCCCAUACAGAUCGCAGGAAUCAUGUAGCGCUGAUCCGGAAUUCUGCAUCGACCCGGUAGGACAAUAUAUCACAUUACGGAAGUAGCUGCCAUGUUCAAAGCAGUGCCACAUGACAAGUCCUCCCUCGCCGGCUUUUUCUACGCCCUCGGUGGCGGAAGUGGAACUGGAAUCAGGCCUCAGAAACAUAUUGAAUACGGGAACCCGGUACCGUUGAUCAUCCUGCGAACUCGGAAUCCGGAGAGGGGCAACAUAACAUGAUGGGUUGGAUGGUUGUCUGCUUUGGAUUCGCUUGGCAAGGCGGCAUCCCGGUGGAAUGGGCGCUAUCAGACGCCACGCAUUCUUUUGAUUCUUUGGCUGCAACUGCUGUUUUCCAGUUCCACGGGUAGCCGAGCCCGAUGCCUUCUUCGAGGCAAAGCAGUGACUAGGGAGGAGACGCGGUACACGUAAAUGUCGAGGCUCACACCGUCAUCACGGAUUAUCAGGGUCCAGAAAUUCCACCCAGACUGCGCUCUAGCGAAUUACCGAAUACUGC